GAACAUUAAUACAAAAACUAUAAAUUUGGAAAUAACUUCCUUCAAGCGGUAGAAAAAUGGCCCAAACUACAGAAAUCACCGUAGAUACUCCAAUGCAAGAAGCAUACCAAUCAUCUAUUCCCUCAAAACGCAAACUAGAUAGUCACGAGCACAAAGCCAUGACUAUCACAACACCACUUUUUUCCUACAUUCACCUGGAACUUCAGACCUCAUCUUUCAAGAAGCCACAACUAGAUGAUAUUACAGCAAAAUCAUAUAUGACCUCGGCACUGUCGCAAUUCCUGGGACUCCAUGGCUCUGCUAUCUCCAUUGAUAUCUUGAAGACGGAGGACAAGGACGUUUGGAUCAGAGUCAUGAGAGAGGAUGCUAGUGCGGUGGUUGCGGCGAUGGGGGGUUGGAUUAAGAGGUUGGGCAAUGGGGAUGAGCAGGUGGGGUGGAGGGUGAAGGGGAGGGCAAAUUGGUUAGGAGGUUUGGUAGGAGAGCGAGAUAUCGAGGAGGUUUGGAAUGACUGAGGAUUCUGGAGGCCAGAGCAAUCUACCUUUACUUUUCGUCCAUAACGAGAUCUCCCAUAGGUCUGGGAUUCUGGUUUUUGCAAAAGAGCUCUACUGGAUAAUAUGGGUGUUGCACCGUCAAGAACAUCCGGUACAAGGAAGAAUCGGACAGAGUGCAUGCCUUUCGUCCGAGUGCCACACAAAGCUUGCCUCCCUAAACAUGGGAAAUUCAAUCCCCGGCUAUCA